AUGUAUUCUCAUGAAUGGACUUAUUACGUUGAUGCCAUAUCAACCUCAUACAAUGUAGAAGCUAAUGCUAUUCUCCUUCUCCCAAUUAGCAUUCGGAUGGGUGUGGAUACAAUGUUCAGGAAUGGUACGACGAAUGGCCACUAUUCUGUUAGGAGUGGGUAUCAUCGAGCAAUGGACCUCAGAGGCAGUUGGGCUCUCCAGGUCCCUCCUUCAACCAAGUUAUUUUUAUGGCGUGCGGUUCAUAAUAUUCUUCCUUCUUAUGAUAACUUGGCUAAACGGAAGUUGCUUUUAGAUGCCUCUUGUAUGCUUUGUAAAAGUUCUCCUGAAUCUCUUAUGCAUGCAUUGUUCUUGUGUCCUCAUGCUUCGGAGGUUAUUUGUCAUAGUACCAACCAGAUCCAGAAAUUACCUUUGUUGGAUUCAUCUUUUAAAGAGGCAUGGACUCUCUUCUCUUGCCGUCUUGACACUUCUAGUUUGGCCUCUUUUGCACUUUCAAGAGGAGAGGGGAGGGGUUAUGAUUCAGGAUGUUCCUUCUCUAUUAUCUUGGUGCCCUCCCGAGCGGGUGUGGUGAAAAUCAACUUUGAUGAAGCAGUGUGUUCUGAUCUUAAUAGGUCCGGUUUUGACUACAUUAUUAGGGAUGAUCAAGGUUUUCCUCUGGCAGCUUGCUCUAACGUGAGACUUGUUGCUCUUAGUCCAUUAAUGGCCGAGGCGCUUUCAGCCCUUCUUGCUUUACAAUUUGCCAAGGAUCUUGGGUUUCAGGCAAUUCAAUUAGAAGGAGAUGCUCUAACAAUCAUAGAUGCUCUUCAUCCCCAGUCUCCGUUUGACAAUUUAUCGAAUUGGGGUGUGAUUGUUUUGGAUAUAAUUAGUUUGCUGGGUUUGUUUUUUCAGUGGAAGGUUUCCCAUGUUAAGAGAGACCUUAAUGAGGCGGCACAUCUUCUUGCACAAAAAGGCAUAUUGGUCGGCUCUUUCCUAUCUUGGAUUGAGGAAGUUCCUCCCGAGGUGGAGGUAAUUGUGGCGAGGGAAUGUUCUUCUGAAGACAGAAGUGGUGCUUAG